GCCGCCUCAGCGCGCGGAGCAGGUCGCCCCUGGGAUCGGCUCCCGCCCGGCGGGCGGCGCGGAGCGAAGAGAGCGGGGCCGCGGGCCCGCUGCCGGGAGCCCCUCAGGCCGCCGCCGCCGCCGCCAGCCGGGAGCGCCGCCGACACGCGAAGAUGAAAUUCCCGGGCUCGGUGCUUGCGUCCGUGUUCCUGUUCGUGGCCGAGACGAUGGCGGCGCUGUACCUGAGCAGCACUUACCGCUCAGGCGGGGAUGGCAUGUGGCAGUCCCUGACGCUGCUUUUCUCGCUGCUGCCCUGCGCGCUCGUGCAGCUCACACUCCUCUUCGUGCACCGUGACUUCAGCCGCGACCGGCCGCUCGUGCUGCUGCUGCACCUGCUGCAGCUCGGACCCCUCUUCAGGUGUUUUGAAGUCUUAUGCAUCUAUUGUCAGUCAGGCCACAUCGAAGAGCCUUAUGUCAGCAUCACCAAGAAGCGACAAAUGCCAAAAAAUGGCCUCUCAGAGGAGAUUGAGAAGGAAGUGGGCCAGGCAGAGGGCAAGAUGUUCACCCACCGAUCUGCAUUCAGCCGGGCAUCAGUGAUCCAGGCUUUCCUGGGCUCAGCCCCCCAGCUGACCCUGCAGCUAUAUAUAAGCACCUUGCAGCAGGAUAUCACUGUUGGAAGAUUCACUGGCAGAUAGUAAGUGCUCAAAAAAUUCCAGA